AUGCUUGGAGAAGCCUUCCUAACUGAACUACUAUACAAAGAAACACUUACAUGUAAGAUAACGUCAAAUUAUGAAAAGGAAACUUGGAAAAAGCAGCUUUUAGAUAUAGAAGACAAUUCACUUUCCCCUGAUAAAAUGGAAAAUCAAAAUAAGGUCAUGAAAGAAAGUUUAACAGAGCAAAGUAAUGAUAAAAAUAAAAUAAAAUCUGUGGAUGAGGUAACUGUAGCAAAAUGCAAAAGUGCAUCCCUUCCAGGAAAUGUGUCUGCUGUGUUACCCAUUCCAAAGAGAGAACAUGAUGAAAAACAAUUAGAUUUAUACCAAUCUUGUUCAUGUACAAGUAUCUGCCAGAAUUAUCCGGACCUAAAGAUUGGAGGAGACCACGUGGGUAACAUGUAUGAUUCCGGCUGCUUUGUGGAACACAUACGUGAUGAUGCUUUUAAUGGUCCUCUUUUACUUUCAGUAGAUGUACCAUUGGGUCAUUCUUCCAUCAGUGAACCUCUAGAGAAACUACCUGCCUCAAAGCUUUUGAAUGGGGAUGAAAUUCGAGAAAAAAGUAUGUUGUUUCAUAAGCAGCCCCUCUCUAAUUUUAUGCUUAAUAGUUAUAUGGAAAAAAGAGUGGACGAACUCUACAAAGAGUUUUUGGAAGAAAAUCUCACUAGGUGCUGCUCCAUAACCAAUCUUAUGGCUUCUAAUUUGUUAAUGAAUAAUGUAAAUCAGAUUAGCCUUCAAAUCUCUCAAGAGUAGAACAUAGAGGCAUCGAAAGCUCGGGAAGUUCUCUUACAUUCUUUAGCAAGAUGUAAUCUCUGUAACAUUUCCCAUGGAAAUAGUUCUGAAUUUAGCACUCCUAACUUACAAAUUUCAAACCAGAGAAGUAGGGAACUUGUAUCACAUCUACAAUAA